GGCACUGAAGAGCACAAGGAUGGGCAGUUUCAGUUCGGUGCCGGUGGAAUUGCCCACCGUUCCUUUUCGCUGUCAGUGAAGACGGGCACGGAGCACAAAAGGCAAAUGGCAUCUCAGAAUUGCUAUGAAAAUAAUUUGACCUACUGAACGCCUCUGAGAGGGUCCUGGAGACCGCUGGGGGUCUGCAGACCGCACGCGGAGAACAGCUGAAACGGCCUGCACGAUAAAUCUUGGUCGACAGCGUGGCUGUUGGCCACGGACCUGGACUCCCCUGUGGCUUUCUAAGUGGAGAGCGUUUGGUGUGCGUUGUCCCAGCCUGCGGCUUGCAUCAUGCCGGCGUUGUCAACAGGGUCUGGUAGUGACACAGGUCUGUAUGAGCUGUUGGCUGCCUUGCCAGCCCAGCUGCAGCCACAUGUGGAUAGCCAGGAAGACCUGACCUUCCUCUGGGACAUGUUUGGUGAAAAAAGCCUGCAUUCACUGGUAAAGAUUCAUGAAAAACUCCACUACUAUGAGAAGCAGAACCCCGUGCCCAUCCUCCACGGCGCAGCGGUCUUGGCCGAUGAUCUGGCCGAAGAGCUUCAGAACAAGCCAUUAAACAGUGAGAUCAGAGAGCUGUUGAAACUGCUGUCAAAACCCAAUGUGAAGGCUUUGCUCUCUGUACACGAUACUGUGGCUCAGAAGAAUUAUGAUCCGGUAUUACCUCCUAUGCCUGAUGAUAUCGAUGAUGAGGAAGAUUCCGUAAAAAUCAUUCGUCUGGUCAAAAAUAGAGAACCGUUGGGAGCCACCAUUAAGAAAGACGAGCAGACGGGGGCCAUUAUUGUGGCCAGAAUCAUGAGAGGAGGAGCUGCAGACAGAAGUGGUCUUAUUCAUGUUGGUGAUGAACUUAGGGAAGUGAAUGGGAUUCCAGUCGAAGAUAAAAGGCCUGAAGAAAUAAUUCAGAUUUUGGCUCAGUCUCAGGGAGCAAUUACAUUUAAGAUUAUACCCAGCAUCAAAGAGGAGACGCCGUCUAAGGAAGGCAAGAUGUUUAUCAAAGCCCUCUUUGACUAUGACCCUAAUGAGGAUAAAGCGAUUCCAUGUAAGGAAGCUGGGCUUUCUUUCAAAAAGGGAGAUAUCCUUCAGAUUAUGAGCCAAGAUGAUGCAACAUGGUGGCAAGCGACACAUGAAGGUGACGCCAAUCCCAGGGCAGGCUUGAUUCCCUCAAGGCAUUUCCAGGAAAGGAGAUUGGCUCUGAGACGACCAGAAAUAUUAGUUCAGCCCUUGAAAGUUUCCAACAGGAAAUCAUCUGGUUUUAGGAGAAGUUUCCGUCUUAGUAGAAAAGAUAAGAAAACAAAUAAGUCCAUGUAUGAAUGCAAGAAGAGUGACCAGUACGAUACAGCUGAUGUGCCUACCUAUGAGGAAGUGACACCCUAUCGGCGGCAAACUAAUGAAAAAUACAGACUUGUUGUCUUGGUUGGUCCCGUAGGAGUAGGUUUGAAUGAACUGAAACGAAAACUGCUCAUCAGUGACACACAACACUACGGUGUGACAGUGCCCCACACUACCAGAGCAAGAAGAAGCCAGGAGAGUGACGGCGUGGAAUAUAUUUUCAUUUCCAAGCAUUUGUUUGAGACAGAUGUACAAAAUAACAAGUUUAUUGAAUAUGGGGAAUAUAAAAACAAUUACUACGGCACAAGUAUUGACUCAGUUCGUUCUGUCCUGGCGAAAAACAAAGUUUGUUUGUUGGACGUGCAGCCUCACACAGUGAAACACUUAAGGACCCUAGAAUUUAAGCCCUACGUGAUAUUUAUAAAGCCUCCAUCAAUAGAGCGUUUGAGGGAGACAAGGAAAAAUGCAAAGAUAAUCUCAAGCAGAGAUGACCAGGGUGCUGCAAAGCCCUUUACAGAAGACGACUUUCAGGAAAUGAUUAAAUCUGCACAGAUAAUGGAAAGUCAAUAUGGCCAUCUUUUUGACAAAAUUAUAGUAAAUGAUGACCUCACUGUGGCAUUCAAUGAGCUAAAGACAACUUUUGACAAGUUAGAGACAGAAACCCACUGGGUUCCAGUGAGCUGGUUACAUUCAUAACUAAGGGAGGUCCCAUGAGCAUCUUUUCUGUAGAGUGCAUGAUGGAAUCAGUUACCAUUUUGGUGGUAGGGUUUUUUUUUAAUCUAUAUCACUGUUGUAGAUGUGCAGUCUUGGUUAAAACUGCUGGUUUUGUUUGUAUCUUUUUACAGCCUUAUUUCAAACACAAUAUUUGAGUAUAAGAUCCAAAAUCAAAAUCCGCACAGUACCGUAUUCUGAGCAGAGCUUUGAACCUUCUGAUUGUCUUUAACAUGCAGUUCUAGCUCCAAGAUGAGGUUGGACGUUUUAGAGAGAAAUAGCUAGAGAAUAGAUAGUGGAGUUCAGUGCUUCAGUUGGUCUUAGACGUGGGCCCUGCCAUCAAGUUUGUGGGUUAGCAGUUGAAGGUAUUAAGUUAGCAGCCUUGAACAGCUCCAAAGAAACAGGACAUCUUUGCUCUUCUUUGGAUGGGUCAUUAUAGAUUUACCCAGGCUAACAGUAAGGCAUCCCCUUAUUAUUUUAAAGUGCAACCUUUUUCUUACAUAUAUACAAUAUAUUCACAGUGGCUUUCAUGUUAUAGCUUGAGAAGGCCUUUUUAUGACUACAUAUCAGUGACCCAAAUGUUUAAGAAGGGAAGAUGGACUUUUAAAAAUGGUUAUAUCCGUAACUAAAAGCCUUUCCUUAUGGUAUUAAUCUUUAUCAGGAUGGUAAUAUCUUGGGGCAAGUAACGAUUAUAAAGGGCGUUUUUAUUUGUCAAUCCUCAAACAGGAGUUCUAGAGUCACCAAAGAGGUGAUUCUAGCUGGCUUUGGAUUUUUCCAAUAAAUUGUAAGAAUGUGAUACCUAUUCUAAAAGUAGAUGUUUU